AUGCAGGCCAGAUUUCACCAGGAAACAACUCUCUAAAGGAGCAGGAGUGGCUGGAGUCCCUGAGGAAUUUCCCAUUUCCAUGCAGGCUGGAGAAGUGGUCAUUAGAUUCUCCCUCGGAGUCAGCCCACACCCUGAGGCCUUCUGAUAUCAAAGUCGUUGCAGCUAUUGGAAGUUUGGAAAUGUCCACAGACUCAGGGAUGGACUUGGAGAAUCUGCAAAGUGUGGAGGGAAGGCUGACUCAGACAUGCGUUGGAGUGAUGUCAGUUCUUUCAGAUUUCAUUAGAAGGUUCAAUCCCUUUGUCCUGCCACCGAUGUGCCCUCUCAGCCAGAGUAUGGUUCCAAGACCCAAGCCUGAAGACCUGUGGCUCCAGGUGAAGGAACUGGUGGGAAGCAUGAAAACAAAUCUGCAACUGGACUUUGAAAAUGACUGGAAACUUAUCACAGUGUUCCUGAGUCCACAGGACGCGUGUCUUCCUUGUUCUUCAAACCAACAGGUGGAUCCCCAUGCCAGAAACGUGGAAGAAAUUCAAAAGGUCCUGGACUUUUUGCAUAAAGAGGUCCCCAAAGCCUUUGUGAACCUUGUGGCCAACCCAGAGUUUGGGGGCUUGUCCCUCCCUCAUCGGGAAACUGAAGUCAGCACUCCACCAAGGGAGCCGUGCGCCUGCUCAAAGAAGCCCUCCAGACUGGAAAGAGCUGUGAUGAGAUGGUCCCACCAGAACUAUUGGGAAAAACUACUGGCCUCAGGCAGGUACGACACAGAAGAUUCCUUCACAGUGGUUCUCCAGCCUAUCUUUCAUGACAAAGACUCGUCUUUGUUCCCGGGGAAGCAGGUUCACGAAGACUCAACGCUCAACUGGAAUGACAACUCAGAGUUUGCGGCUCUUGCUUUGGAUCUCUGGAACGUCAUGAUGGAAGAAGUAGGACAGAAGGAGGAGCCAAAUCAUGGCCAAGGAGGUCACUCAGCCAAAUGUCCCACCGAGGAUCACCCUUAUUUCUUCACCUACAGAAAUACGAACUACUCGCCUGUAAUCAAGCUGCAAAGUAGGAAGAAGGCAGAGGAGAGAGAAGGAGCAGAAGUCCUAUGUCCAGACAAGACUCCCUCGGCCACUGUGCCCACCUCAGUUCAUAGGCUGAAGCCUGCUGACAUUAAAGUUAUUGCAGCUCUGGGUGACUCACUCACGGCCGCAAACGGGGCAGGAUCCAGAGCCAGUGAUAUCCUGGAUGUCUUGACCCAGUACCGAGGCCUAUCUUGGAGUGUCGGAGGAAACGAGAACAUAAGCACAGUCACCACAUUAGCAAACAUUCUCAGGGAAUUCAACCCUUCCCUGCAGGGCUUCUCCAUUGGGACCGGAAAGCAAACGAGCCCUGGCGCCUUCCUGAACCAGGCAGUGGCCGGAGACCUUGCCGAAGACCUGCCCGCUCAAGCUCGGAGAUUGGUGGACCUAAUGAAGAAUUCUUUUAAAUUCAAUUUCCAAGAAGAUUGGAAGAUAAUAACCAUUUUUAUAGGAGGGAAUGAUCUCUGUGAUUUCUGCAGUGACCCAGUCCACUAUUCUCCUGGUAACUUUACAAGAAACAUAGAGAAGGCAUUGGACAUUCUUCACGCAGAGGUUCCUCGGGCCUUUGUGAAUCUAGUCCCAGUGCUUGAGAUUGUUUCCCUGAGGAAACUGUAUCAGGAAAAGAAGGUCUUCUGUCCACGGCUGCUGCUCAGGAGUCUGUGCCCUUGUGUGGUGAAGUUUGCUGACAAUUCCACAGAAAUUGCCUCCCUCAUCCUAUUAAAUAAACGUUAUCAGGAGGGAACACACCAACUUAUUGACAGCGGAAAGUACGACACGAGGGAAGACUUCACGGUGGUCAUCCAACCAUUUCUGGAGAAAGUUUCUAUGCCCAUGACACCGGAGGGCUUGCCCGACAGCUCUUUCUUCGCUCCUGACUGUUUUCACUUCCACAAGAAGGCUCAUGGUCGGGCAGCCAGUGGUCUCUGGAACAACAUGCUGGAACCUCUUGGCAAGAAGAAGACUGAACAGAAUUUUGAAAAGCUAAUCAAUAUCACAUGCCCGACUCAGGCUCGGCCCUUCCUGAGCACCUACCGUAAUAGCAAUUACACAUACCCAAACCACUUCAGUUCAACGCCUCCCCCUCCCACCAGCACACCAGCAGACCAGGGUCAUGGGAGCCAAUUGCAGUGUGAGGACAAAGCCCCAUCUGCCUCUCUUCCCAAAUCAGUCCAUACCCUGAAACCAGCAGACGUGAAAGUCGUUGCGGCCAUCGGAGACUCUCUGACUGCUGGCACCGGAAUUUGCUCCAAAGCAGGCGACCUUGAGAAUAUAACUACCCAGUACAGAGGCCUAUCAUACAGUGCUGGAGGAGAUGCCACACUAGGGAGUGUGACCACGUUACCUAAUAUCCUACGGGAGUUUAACGGGGAUCUCACAGGCUACGCCAUCGGUGUCGGGGAGGCCAGUGAUCACAACGCUUUCCUCAACCAGGCUGUUCCGGGUGCAAAAGCAGAGGGGCUGCUGAGCCAGGUCCAGGCCUUGGUGCAGAGAAUGAAAGACGACCCCAGAGUAAGUUUCCAGAGAGACUGGAAAAUCAUCACCGUGCUCAUCGGCAUCCAUGACUUGUGUGACUACUGCACUGACUCGAAUUUGUAUUCCGCCACCAAUUUUGUUGGACAUCUCCAAGCUGCCCUGGACAUGCUGCACAGAGAGGUUCCUCGAGCCCUGGUCAACCUGGUGGAGGUCAGGAACCUCACCCUUCUGAGACGUGUGUUCCUAGAUGACCGAGUUAAUUGUCCAAUACAGCUGGCAAGCUAUCUCUGUAACUGUGUCCUGACUGUCAGAGAAGGCUCUCCAGAACUGGCCAGGAUAGAAGAAGUCACAAGGGCCUACCAGAGUGGCACCCGCCGGUUGGUGGAGUCGGGCCGAUAUGACACCCGGGAGGAUUUCACGGUGGUGCUGCAGCCUUUCUUCCAGGACAUCAAGCUUGCCUUUCUUCCGGAUGGUCGCCCAGAUAUUUCCUUCUUCGCACCCAAUUGCUUCCACCCAAGCCAGAAAUUCCACUCCCAACUCUCCCGAGCCCUCUGGAACAACAUGCUUCAGCCAUUAGGAAGGAAGACAGAUUCCCUGGAUUUGGCAGCUGAUGUUCCCCUGUCCUGCCCAACUGUGUCAGAACCCUUCCUGGCAACAUACAAGAACAGUAACUACACAUAUCCGCCUGGCCCACCCAUUCAGAACUGGGGGAGUGAUUUGCUGUGUCCUGAGAGGAGUCCAUCAUCCCAGAUCCCCACAUCAGUCCACAAGCUCCGGCCAGCAGACAUCAAGGUGGUGGCAGCUCUUGGAGAUUCUCUGACUACAGCUGUAGGAGCUUGUGCCAGCAACUUCAGUGACCUAACCACAGCAUGGAGAGGACUCUCAUGGAGUAUCGGAGGAGACGGAACCCUGGAGACUCAUACCACAUUGCCCAAUAUUUUAAAGAAAUUUAAUCCUCAAAUCUAUGGAUAUUCCAUUGGAACGGAGGAGGGAACAGCUGGAUUUAAUGUAGCAGUUGGAGGGGCCAAGGCACAGGAUAUGCCAGUGCAGGCCCGAGCCCUGGUGGAACGAAUGAAGCACAGCCUGGAAGUCAACCUGGAACAAGACUGGAAGCUGAUCACGUUGUUUGUCGGUGGCAAUGACCUGUGUGUGUACUGCAAGGACGAGGAUACUCACUCAGUGGAAAAAUAUGUGCAGCACCUCGAACAAGCUCUGGAUAUUCUCUCUGAGCUCCCUCGAGUCUUCGUCAGUGUUGUGGAGAUUAUGGAGAUGGUUGGUCUUCGACAAAUACACGGGGAAAAAUGCCUGGUGCCGGUUCAGAACUUUUGCCCUUGCUUUCUACUGCCCCAGGAGAAUUCCCCGGAGUUACAAGAAAUGAAGAAUGUAAACAGAGCUUUCCAGAGCAGCAGCAUACUGAUGGCCUUCAGCCAGAAGUAUAUGCAGCGGGAAGAUUUUGCUGUGGUGCUGCAACCAUUCUUCCAAAGCACUCAUAUCCCACUGGAUAAUAAAGGAGAUGCUGACCUGAGCUUCUUUUCUGUGGAUUGUUUCCAUUUCUCUGAGAGGGGCUACUCUGAGAUGGCCAUUGCCCUCUGGAAUAACAUGCUGGAACCUGUGGGUCAGAAGCAGAUAUAUAACAACUUCACAUACAGCCGAACCAAGCUCAAGUGUCCUUCUGAGGACCACCCCUACCUUUUCACACUGCGGAACAGCGGGCUGCCAGGAAUCCAUUUCAAAGGGCAACAGAACAGCCCAUGGGAGGUGCCGUUCUGGACUGUGCUGGUGGCUGCAGUGGGCAGCCUGACAGUGGGUGCUGGCAUAGCCGUGCUGUGGAAAAGCAGGAAACUACCCUCCAGAGGAUCAGAUACUCCAGCAGGAGCAAUGGUCACGGCUUUCUAAACUAUAGCUUCCUGCUGGGUCUCCAACCAGUAGAACUCCUCCCGGGUUUUUUUCUACCUCAGACUUCCUUCAGAGCCAAGAUCACAAACUAAUACGCAAUCUGGUGACCACAGAAGCCCACGGAGAAUAGCACUGAUUUUCUGGGGGCAAGUGUCCUUUAAAUUGCUGUCGCUCCUACAAAAAUUGAUUUUUUUCCUUUUAAAUAAAGGCUUUUAUUCUUCAGA